AUGCCAUCUUCAGAGAGCGUUUUCUCAUUGUCAUCACAGGGCUCUUGCUCUAGUUUAUCUCAUAAUAGAUCUCUAACAACCACUCGUGGAUAUGGAACUUCUCACUAUUCAAACACAAUGUACUUUUUGAAUCAAAAUAAUGAAAAUUAUUCAAGUGGAGAAUUUUCUUAUGGCUGGGGUAAUAUGUGGAGGACACAGUUGCCUUUCCACGACCCGAGUUCAUCUUUCUCUUCCCAUUAUAGUAGUGACUUUAGUCACUCAAGUUCCAUGGGAGAACUUUCUGGUAAUGUGGGGCACAGAACUAAUAAUGAAAGAAGCUUCAUUAUUCAAAGAGGUCUAAAUAACAAUUGUGAUCAUCAUAACUUGGGAUUGAGUCAAGCAAGGACUCAUCGUAGUAGGUUCUCUCCAUUGCCCUUGCCACUUAGGUACUUCUCUUUGGCUCAAGUACAAGGCUACAUAACCUUGGUAGCAAAGGAUCAGCACGGUUGUCGAUUCUUGUCUAAAAUUUUAGAGGAGCCCACUCAUGAAAAUGUGCAAAUAGUUUUCAAUGAGAUUAUAGACUAUGUGGUUGAACUUACAAUGGAUCAGCAUGGAAACUAUGUUAUGCAAAAAGUUCUGGAUGUGUGCAAUGAGGAGCAGAGAACACAAAUUUUGGGUAUGGUAACAACACAACUAUGGAACUUUGCUGAAAUAUCUUGUAACACUCAAGGAACUUGUGUUAUACAAAAGUUGAUACAGACUCUAAAAACAAGGCAGCAAAUUUCUUUGCUUAUGGUGGCGCUUAUACCAAGCUGUUGGACUCUAAUCAACCAUGAGAAUGGAUUUCAUGUUAUCCUUCAAUGCUUGUGGUGGCUUAGCAAUGAAGCUAACAAGUUCAUAUUUUCUGAGACUAAAAGGCAUUGUGUUGAAGUUGCAACUCACAAAUAUGGAUGUCAUAUUCUUCAACAAUGUAUCAAGAAUUCCAAUGGGAAUCUUCAAGAAAAUUUGAUUGCAGAACUUUUCGUUAAUUCACUUAUGCUCGCCCAAGAUAUGUAUGGUUGCGAGCAAUUGAUUGAACAUGAACUUGGCAACUACGUGAUUCAAGUUACUCUCAGUGUUUCUAAGAUGGUUAUUUUGUUUGUCACUGUAUAUUUUUCAGAUUUUAUAAUCUCUGAUCUUUCUACCAUUGGAUCACCAGUCAUGAGUCUCGGCGUUACUCUCCACCUGGAAGAAUAUGUCCAGUCAGCCCCCUUUGUCCUGGAAGGACACAAACCCCCCAGUGGCAACACAUGGGAGAUGGACGGGGAGAAGAAUUUAUUCCGGAACUAUAGGAUGUUGGACGUUUUGGAGAGGCAUUUGGGAGUGGAGACGACUCCCGGACUCUUUUAUAACCGCCUAGCCAGGAAGGAGGAAAAGGCUCACACCAGCGUGGACGCUUCCGACGUGUCCAAUCUCGUGGAAAAGAUGAAGCAGGCCAUGGAGGCCCGGGCGGCCAAGGCUAGGGCGUCAGCGAAGUAG